AAAAAGCUUGGGACGCUGCGGAUGGAUUCGCGGAGUCGGGAACACACCACCGCAAGCUAGACCUGUGGGCGGGCGUUUAGGUGCUGGCCCGCCCUCUGCACGUGAAGGCUCCUAGGGCCUAUGAACUCAUGGGGGCUGUCACCCCAGCCCCACUACCUGCACGAAGGUAUCCCAAAGUUAAAGGAGUCCUGGAUAUGGGGCAGUGAUCCAGACCCUGCAGCCGUCUGGGACCUGCAUCCCCGCCACGGCCUGUGACCCAUUGACCAGCAGGAAUCCAGCCAUGGUGAAUGAGGCCAGAGGAAGUGGCAGUCCCAACCCCCGAUCUGAGGGCAGCAGCAGUGGCGGCGAGAGUUCCAAGGACAGUUCGAGAUGUUCCACCCCCAGCCUGGACCCAGAGCGGCACGAGAGACUCCGGGAGAAGAUGAGGCGCAGAAUGGACUCUGGUGACAAGUGGUUCUCCCUGGAGUUCUUCCCCCCUCGAACUGCUGAGGGAGCUGUUAACCUCAUCUCCAGGUUUGACCGGAUGGCAGCAGGGGGCCCCCUCUUCGUAGAUGUUACCUGGCACCCAGCUGGAGACCCUGGCUCAGACAAGGAGACCUCCUCCAUGAUGAUCGCCAGCACAGCAGUAAACUACUGCGGCUUGGAAACCAUCCUGCACAUGACCUGCUGCCAGCAGCGCCCGGAGGAGAUCACAGGCCAUCUGCACAGAGCCAAGCAGCUGGGCCUGAAGAACAUAAUGGCGCUGAGGGGAGACCCUGUAGGUGACCACUGGGAAGCAGAGGAAGGAGGCUUCAGCUAUGCCACAGACCUGGUGAAGCACAUCCGGACCGAGUUUGGCGACUAUUUUGACAUCUGUGUGGCAGGUUACCCCAGAGGCCACCCCGAUGCAGAGAGCUUCGAGGAUGACCUGAAGCAUUUGAAGGAGAAGGUAUCUGCAGGUGCCGACUUCAUUAUCACUCAGCUCUUCUUUGAGGCCAGCACCUUCUUCAGCUUUGUGAAGGCCUGCACAGAGAUAGGCAUCUCUUGCCCUGUCCUGCCUGGGAUCUUCCCUAUUCAGGGCUACACUUCCCUUCGGCAGCUUGUAAAACUGUCCAAGCUGGAGGUGCCACAGAAGAUCAAGGAUGUAAUUGAGCCCAUCAAAGACAACGAUGCUGCCAUCCGCAACUACGGCAUUGAGCUGGCUGUGAGCCUGUGCCGGGAGCUGCUGGACAGUGGCUUGGUGCCAGGCCUCCACUUCUAUACCCUCAACCGCGAGGUGGCCACCAUGGAGGUGCUAAAGCAACUGGGCAUGUGGACCGAGGACCCCAGGCGUCCCUUGCCCUGGGCUGUCAGUGCGCAUCCCAAGCGCCGGGAGGAAGAUGUCCGUCCCAUCUUCUGGGCCUCCAGACCAAAGAGCUACAUCUACCGCACACAGGACUGGGAUGAGUUUCCUAACGGCCGCUGGGGUAAUUCUUCCUCACCAGCCUUUGGGGAGCUGAAAGACUACUACCUCUUCUACCUGAAAAGCAAGUCCCCCAGGGAGGAGCUGCUGAAGAUGUGGGGUGAAGAGCUCACCAGUGAAGAGAGUGUCUUUGAAGUCUUUGAACACUACCUCUCUGGAGAGCCGAAUCGCCAUGGCUACAGAGUAACCUGCCUGCCCUGGAACGAUGAACCCCUGGCAGCGGAAACCAGCCUGAUGAAGGAAGAGCUGCUCCGCGUGAACAGGCUGGGCAUCCUCACCAUCAACUCUCAGCCCAACAUCAACGCAAAACCAUCCUCAGACCCUGUUGUGGGCUGGGGCCCCAGUGGGGGCUAUGUCUUCCAGAAGGCCUACCUCGAAUUCUUCACCUCCCGUGAAACUGUGGAGGCGCUUCUGCAGGUGCUGAAGACAUACGAGCUGCGGGUCAACUACCACAUCGUGGACGUGAAGGGAGAGAACAUCACUAAUGCCCCUGAGCUGCAGCCCAAUGCCGUGACGUGGGGCAUCUUCCCAGGUCGAGAGAUCAUCCAGCCUACUGUGGUGGACCCCAUCAGCUUCAUGUUCUGGAAGGAUGAGGCCUUUGCCCUGUGGAUCGAGCAGUGGGGCAAGCUAUACGAGGAGGAGUCGCCGUCCCGCAUGAUCAUCCAAUACAUCCAUGACAACUAUUUCCUGGUCAACCUGGUAGACAACGAGUUCCCACUGGACAGCUGCCUGUGGCAGGUGGUGGAGGACACGUUUGAGCUGCUCAACAGGCAUCCCACGGAGAGAGAGACACAGGCUUCGUGAGCCUGCAUCCCAGUAUCUUCCUCACCUGGAGCCCCUCUCCCUCAUCUCUCUACACAGGAUAAUGGCAGCUAGACUGGCAGGAAGCGUCCCGGCACUGGCUGGACCUAAGAUGCCCCAUCGAGGAGGCUGAUGCUCUCUGCUCAAGCCCAGAGCCCAUGUUCUUGCUGUGGCAAGCGCCUCCAUCCUCAGGGGGAGGAGACCAGAGAUUGCCCAGCCACUGCAUCAAGGCAGCCUCUAGGAGGUGAACUUUGACCUGGGGUCUAUGUGAGACAGACAGUAGGCACUGUGAAAUACUGAAGGAGGUAGGAAGAGAUGUGCAAAUGAGGGUACAGAAACCUCCUCCCUACUCAGCAGUACUACACACCAGGUCCCCAAGAGACGCCUGGCUGGUAACACAGCCUUUCUUGCCAUCUUAGGCCAAAGAGUGCAGGAGGUGCUGCCUCUGCGGAAGGUUGGUUGUGUCUGUUCUGUGGCUGGGAAGAAAGUGCCCCUUAAGGGUUAAAAGCGUUCUGUCCUCAAUGGAGGCUUGCUCUUGGCCUUGUUUUCUGUCCUCUUAACAAGAUUUACCUGAGCAGGGCCCAGCUCUUCCCGUGGCUGUAUGCAGCCUGCUCCCUUGCUUCUGAGCAGACUCUCCUGCCAGCUGCACCAUCUUCUCUGUUGGGCCUAGACUAGGGGCUGUCCCUGGCACUCCUCCCCAGUCAGCCCUCAGGCCUGGCUGCCUGGGGCAGUGACUGGCAGGCACAGAUGACUGCUCCCAGCCUGCUGGUCUUGUUUGAGUCAGGGAAUGGGAGAAAGCGGUCCGUAGAGCAACUUAGAGAGAGCAGGGGGUUCCUCCCCUCGUCUCCCAGGCCUGGGUGACUGCAGUGGAGAGCAGCCUCGGAGAGAAUGAGCAGAAGCAGCCAGGAGGAGGAGGUCCUUUUGUUGUCCCAGAGCUCCAGGCGCUGGCCCCUCCCUCGGAAGGCUGAGCUUGGUUCUCUUAUUUCUCAGGAAUAUUUCAUAGUUGCUGCUGGGCCCUACUCACCCCAUGCCUGCUACACCUGAGCCACUGUAAACUGUUUCCAGGAGCACAGGCUGCUGCUAGUUCUUCUCAUGGGCUCUUGGCUACCAAACGCUGGUGCCACUUUUCAAAGGCCUGGAGGCAGGGCAGGAAGUACUGCUUGUCUCAGGCUCCCUCCAGGGUCUGUACUGGGCCUGUCAGACUUGACACCUAAGCCAUGUUCUGUGUGUCUCAACCAGAGGCCCUUUCCUCUGCCCUGGCAGCCAGCCCACCCUGUCUCUGCCCAAAUAUCUAGGCUCAGAAUAGACUGGACUUGUGACCUGGGAAGCUAUGCCCCGUGACCUGCAAAUAAGACGUCUGUUUUGGACGCAGGCCCUGCAAGGACCAGCACGGGGAGCCACUGCCACAAACAGACUGGUUCUCUGAGUGAGUGAAACUGAUACUUAGCUGGGCUUGAGGCCACUGUCAAGGGCUCUAAUGUACAGGCUGUGUGCUCUGUAACCAAUGGCCAAUUCAACUGAAUGAGGAUAGCACAGGGUGGUGAGCAGGGACACCCUCCCCUCUCCCUGGCUCAGCCUGUAGGUGGCACUGGUCUUGGAAGGCUGGCUGGUUGAAACGAGGUAAAGUUACCUGGGAAAGGACCCAGCUCUCUUCUCUCUGGUGUAGCUGUUGAGCCACCCGGAGCUGAAGGACCCUUUUCUGCCAUGUCCUCGGUUCCAGGUGCCAUUGUCUGAGCUACAGAGAGAGUUGAUAGAAAAGACCCUCUGCCAUCCUGUCAGCCCUGGCCCUUCUGCUGCCACCCCAGGGUGAAGGAGAUAUGACAAGGGGCCAUCAUCUAAGAAAUGUUAAUAGGUGAGCACACCUGAGCCCAUCCCUAAGGCUUUGGGCGUGAGGUGCAAUUAGUAGUUAGUGCCUCCAGCAAGCCAAGGGAUACAUAGGAUGCGUGGGGGAGUCCUCCAGCUAGCCAAGGGAUACAUAGGAUGUGUGGGGAGUCCUCCAGCUAGCCAAGGGAUACAUAGGAUGUGUG